ACUGUGGGUAAUUCCCUCAUGCAAAACCUACAGAAAUGCGGUCUUAUGGAAAGUGUGCUUAAAAUACUCAAAAUGACUGCGAGAUAGCCCUCAUGCAAGUGACGAUUUGACAGUGGCACAGCACUGACCUCUUGAGGACGGGAACUUAGCGGGAAAGCACCUCGAAAUUCGCGAGUCGCUGAGUGUGAAUUUACAAGUCUUUAGAAGCAGCGGAUGUUUACUAAAACAAGAUCUCGCGAGAACAAAUUCAUUGUUAUAGCAACGUGUCGGCGUCAUGCUCUUGGAAACGUUAUAUGCUGCUUGCUUGUUGGAGUAUUGCCUUCCGAAGUCGCGGGAUUUAUCACCAUGUCGGCAAUCCAUAGCCUGGUCCCAGCCCGAUUCCUCACGCUCACAGCCCACCUGGUCAUCGUAAUCACCAUCUUCUGGUCCAGGGACAACAAUGUCCGGGCCUGCCUGCCUCUGGACUUCAGUCAGGAUGAAUACAGGAGCCAGGACACGCAAUUGGUGGUUGCAUUGUCUGUGACCCUUGGCCUGUUUGCCAUUGAGUUGGCAGGAUUCUUCUCUGGAGUAUCUAUGUUCAACAGCACCCAGAGCCUUCUCUCCAUCGCAGCCCAUGCCAGUGCAUCUGUUGCACUACUCUUCUUUCUCUUUGAGCAGUGGAGUUGUGCCAUCUACUGGUGGAUCUUUGGCUUCUGCAGCACUGGCUGCCCACUGCAGCGCCUCCGUGUGCCUGUCUUUCUUCGUCUUUCAGCAGUGGGAGUGCUGGACGUAUUGGUUUGUGUUCACCUUCUGCAGUGCUCUCCCUGCAUUAAUGGAAAUCCUCCUCUUCGUUUCUGUCUUCGCCCUGAAAAAGAAGCCACUGUAAGAAGCCUGGACAGAGCCCUGGUCAUCCUUUCUUUGACCUGGUUAGCUUUACGGUCCCAUCGAGAAACAUGGGCUCACAAGGGGCCGCAAGAGUCGGCUGGGUCAUUAACCAUGGGAUACAGAAUAAAAGUUAAAUAAUGACCAUACUUCUCAAUACACAAAAACUUGGUGUCUGCUACGAAGCUUGUGAUACAGUUAUGUAUUAGAAUUUCAAGCAUAGGUUCUUUCAUGUGCCAUUCGAGCUGUACCCAAUUUUUUAACUCAUUUUUGGAGUUAAUUUUUUUUUAUGUUUUUCAAUACUCUGUGAUUUUGUCAUUUUCACUGAUUGCAGUGACUCAAAUUACUGUUAUCUUACUGUCAUUACUUUAUUUUAGCAUAUACAACAUUUUUGAAUUCCUAUAGAGUAUCAGUUGACCAGAUGCAGAGUGUAUUUGAUUAAGUGAUAUCUUCAAUAUUUCAGUCCAAGACAAAGUGGUAUUGAUUGAGUAACUACAAUAUCUAUGUUGGCAAAAGACAAAUAUGGUAAUAAUGAAUCGAUUUUAUAGUGGUACACUUAUGCCUCAGGGAAUACUGUGCUUUAAAUCCGUUCUUUAAUAGAAACAUCAUCACAUAAUUAAAACAUUUUCAUAAGCAUGGUGUUUAGUAAGUGAGAGGUAUAUUGAGAGCUUUUGCUUACUAUACGUGUUUAUUUCUGUUUGUAUGUUUAUGAUAAUGUAUAUUUUGUUGUUGAUGAGUUUCCAGGGUAAGAUGUGUAAAAAUGAUUUAUAUGAAUAAAUACCUUUUUUUCAAACAGUA